AUGGCUACAAGAAAGAAAGUACUGCUAAAAGUUAUCAUCCUGGGGGAAUCUGGAGUUGGGAAAACGUCGUUGAUGAAUCAGUAUGUAAACAGGAAGUUUUCUAAUCAAUACAAAGCAACUAUUGGAGCAGACUUCCUUACUAAAGAAGUUCAAGUGGAUGACCGAAUUGUCACCAUGCAAAUAUGGGACACAGCAGGACAGGAGAGGUUUCAAUCACUAGGAGUUGCCUUCUACAGGGGUGCAGACUGUUGUGUACUUGUUUUUGAUGUAACUGCCCCAAAUACAUUCAAGUCGUUGGAUAGUUGGCGGGAUGAGUUCUUGGUCCAGGCUGCACCCCAAGAUCCCGAGAACUUCCCCUUCGUUGUUUUGGGCAAUAAAGUUGACCUAGAACCACGAGCUAUUUCGACCAAACGGGCGCAGCAGUGGUGUCAAUCAAAGAAUAACAUCCCUUACUUCGAGACAUCGGCCAAGGAGGCGUUAAAUGUUGAACAGGCUUUCCAAAGCAUAGCUCGGAAUGCUCUUAGCCAACAGAAUCACACCGUUGAUCUGUACAGCGAAUUGCCUGAGCCCAUUAGCCUGACGAAGACGGCCCCACGUAACAACGGGGACUCCUGUGCUUGCUAGGAAAUCCCAGUCGAUACUUUUACUGUCCUAACAAAAAGAAACUUCCAACAUAUUCAAUUCCAUCUUGUCUUGUACAAAAAAAAGGUAGGACAGAAUUGAUUUAAUUCCUUUUCUGGUUUUGUUUUGAUUAAAACGACUCCCAUUUCCUAAAUUUUCAAAAAAUAGUUAUGAAUUACGGCUGGUGACCCUUUAAAUAAAUAAUAUCCCCUAUUGAUUGAUACUGCUCCUUUUUGUGAUAUUUUGCCAGGCAUAUUUUUGGGAAAAGUGUUAUUUUUUCGAAAUUUAUUGUGAAUAUUUGAAAUUAAAUUUUUCUGGUGGUAGAUAUGGAACAGAAAGGGUGUAAUAAUUGUUGUUAAAGCUGACAUAUGUUUUAGGGCUUAAAUUAAAAAAAUACGAGGGUAUUUCUGUCAACAUUAUAAAAAAAUUCCUUUGGUUUUCUCUUUUCUUUUUAAAGUUUUAAUUUGUGAACAUCCUGUAUUUUACUUGUCAGUAUAAACAUAAAUCGUCCUUAAAGUUUCUUUAAACUCGAAAUUAGCUCAUUUUUUAGUUUAUUUGGUUGUUCAUAAAAGUUUAGUUAGGUAGAUCUUGUAUUCCUAUAAUAACAUAACGAAUUAAAAAUUUAAAGCAUUUUUGAUAAUACGCAAAAUUUAAAAACGUCUUUAUUGCGUUUCUGAGAUAAUGUUGAUGGUUUGACUUAGAUUUUUACUUUUGCUAACUUCAGUAAAAUUAAAAAAAGAUCAUAGUCAAGGAGUUUAUGCUUAUUUUUUCAUAUUAAAUGAAAACUGUGGUGGUUUUGCCUAAAAGAGUUUUUAACGAAAACAGCAAUAUUUAUUGUACUGUUAGUCCUUUUUUCCUGUAGGGUUUCUCUUUGUAUUUCUCCCUCACUGUUUAAAAAAUUGGUUUUCUAGAGGAUUUUAUAUGAUUAUUAGAAUUAGAGGCAUAAUAAUUGAUAUAACUGCUAGAGUAUUAGGUGAUCAUUAUUAUUUAAAUAAGUUUCUAAUCAGUGUACAUAGUAUAAGUACCUACGUACCUUUAAACUAAUUAUUUUGUAUAUUAAUUUGUGUAAACACGAAUAAAUUAUAAUCUCGGUUCUUGA